UCUUACUUCCGGUGAUCGAUUAGUCGAGUCUAGCCUUCAUACAGGAAGCGACAGAGGAUCCAGCAGCAUGCAAGAUGGUGGCCACCAGGAGAGGGGUACGCGUGUACUCCCCAACUAAAACAAACCCAGAGCAGUCCUCUGAGGUCCCGGCCACUCCCUCUACUAGUCGCAGAACCAGAAGCACUGCUAAACAAGCGGAGAGUCCCACCCAGAAUGCCCUGGUGGAGGCUUGCAGCCAGCUUGAAGAUAUUCAGAGCGAACAUCCGGCAUCUCCACGUGCCACCUCUUUGAAAAGAUGUAUCAGGGCGUCCAGGCUUCACAGUCCAGAGCAGCCAUGCACACCUUUGGACUCCACUCAUGAAGCGGACAUAUCCGACGUGGAGUCCUGCUGCUCCGCAGUGUCCGGCGUCGAGCCACCAGUGACGCACAAGAGGGGUCGAAGGAGACAGCCCCGCACAGUAAGUCAUGAAAAUGAGGCUAUAUCUGAGGCGGAAUCGUGCUCUUCUGCAAUAUCUGCAUCAAAAGUUGGCCGAAGUAGCCGCCGAAGCACAAGGAGGAAGACGACUCCAGACAGCUCGGACCCAGCUCCCACUGAGACGGGUGACACUAAGGUCGACUCGGCGCAAGAGGCUGAGUCCUGCAGCUCUGUGGUGUCUGAAUCCCAGAGAGUCACCAGAAGUCAGAGAAAAAUCCCUCGCACUAGAUCAUCUGCCAAACCGCAAACUGUGGAAUCGGAGCUCUCUGAUGCAGACAGCUGCAUGUCCAGCGUCUCAGGAGUGGAACUUUCCAAGUCCACCACCCGCAGAUCUAUGAGAUCCAGGCGGCAGACAGCUCCCAUCCCCAUCAACCUGGAUGAAGCCGCAGAGAGCUCUCUCUCCCCUGCCCCAAUGACUCGAACAAGCCGGGCAACACGAGGGAAAGCAGCAGCCACUGCACACGUCAGUGAAUCCCUGUCUUGUAACUCUGAAGGGUUUGAGUCCGGGCCCACUUACAGUAUGUCAACUCGUAGACGGGGAAAGGCAAAAGCUGUGGACUCCGACUCAGAGCUGACAGACACCCAUUCCGCCGUGGGCAGCCCCUGCUCCACCCGCAGCAGAGGGACUCCCUGCAGCAGCCGCACAGGUUCGGGGAACAGCAGUCGAGGAGCCUCCAGGCACUCAGUCAAGGAUCUUAGUAUUGUUCUAGAAAAAGCCAUCGAUUCAGCUGAGGAGGACACUUCAUUAAAUGAGUCUAAGUUAGAAAGCACAGUGAUUGCAGUGGACGCAGACUCCACACUGCUGGAAGAAGACAAGAGCCAAACACUGGAGGAAGAGGAGGACCAGCAUGAGAAAAGUACUGAUCCCACGUCCAAUGAGCCAGAUACGAUCAGAGCGGAAAAGGGAGUCAUUGUCAUCUCGGACGAAGACUCUCUCCUGGCUCCACCAGUAUCAGAAGAAUCUGCUAGUGAACCUGUAGUGACUAUCACACACCAGCAGGAGGAGCCACAUGAUGAAAACAAGGACGAGGACACCUCAGAGAUGGAAAUGAAGCAGGAAGCAGUCCAGUCAUCAGAGCCUGCAGAGCCUUGCCCAUCAGUUACAGUAACAUUAUGUGAGAGGACUAAUGACACCACAGAGGAGGCUGAAGAGAAGGACGAAGAAGAGAUGGAAGUGGCUGAUGUGGACGCCCACCCAUCACAGAGAGAUGAGGAUGCUGUUGUGGAAACCCGGCCCAGUGAGGAGGAGAAAAUGGAAGCCAGCACAUUAAACAGUGAUGCUGAGCAGGUGGUUGAGGCCCAAGUUGAGUCCAUUCAGGUGACACCCAGCCAGCAGCACAACAUCACAGUGGAUUCAGGCACUGAUCAGCAGCCCGAAGACAUCGCCAUCCAGAAGAAGAAAGUAAUCAGCCUGCUGGAGAGCAGCGACGAUGAAGAUGCUGAUGAUGAUGAUGAUGAUGAGGAGAGGGAUGUUUCGGAAGAGGAGGAUGUGGAGCUCACGGCAGAGGAUAGACGAGGACCUUCCAAAAAGGCUGCACCUGCAGGCCCGUCGUUAGGUGGUCUGUUUAUGAUCGACACGCGGCCUGGAGAGGAGGCUGAUGAACAGUACUACGUGGAGAAGCCAACAGAGGAGAAGACGGCCACAAAGGAAGAGAAAGAUGAGCAGGAGGAGCAAGAUGAGGAGUUUGUGGAUGAGGAAGGGGAUGACGAUGAUGAUGAAGAUGCAAACAUCCUCUACUCGAGUAGAAAUCCUCUUUUGAAAGAGAUGUCCAGCCGUAUUGACCCUGGCAUCAGAGUGAAGGAGCUCGGGGGUUUAUACAUCAAUUUUGAUGGCAGCAAAUCAAAACCCGUCUCCAGUUCGCUGCAAAAACUAAAGGAAAAGAAGAUCCAGGAUGAGGUGAUGAAGAAGAGUGUAAUUGGACCAGACUUUGAAAAGAAGGAUGCGGUGCCUCCAUACAGUGAAUCCAAAAAAGCCGUAAAGUUGAAACACAGAGUGGAGAGGGAGAAGUCAACAGGAGAUGCUUGGUUUAACAUGAAAGCCCCAGAAAUCACAGAGGAGCUGAAAGGAGACCUCAAAGUCCUGAAGAUGAGAGGCUCCCUGGAUCCCAAGAGGUUCUACAAGAAGAACGACAGAGAUGGCUUUCCCAAAUACUUUCAGGUUGGUACAGUGGUGGACAACCCAGUCGACUUCUAUCAUUCCCGUGUUCCCAAGAAGGGCAGGAAGAGAACUAUGGUGGAGGAGCUGCUGGCCGAUGCCGAGUUCAGGCAGAAAAACAAAAAGAAGUACCAGCAAAUUGUGGCCGAGAAAGCAGCACAUGGAGCCGGCAGAAGGAACAACAAGAAGAAGAAAUUCCGUAAGAAGUAAAGCUGAAGACUUGAUGUGAUGAACAGAAUCUUACUGAUGACAUCAACUCCACUUCCUCAAGUGGUCAUAUUCUGGGACUUCAGCGAAUCCUGUUCAUUGAAGACUCUUCAUCUCUGAAGAUGAACUGAGUUUACAUGAACAAGCUGACUAUAUAAAUAAAUGAUUAAGUAAGCAUAGUGUUAACAGUCAAAGAAAAUGUGUACAUGCUUAUUUACAUCUGAAAAAAAACAAGUGUGAAUCACGUGGAUUUUUAUAUUACAAACAUUUUCCUGCACAGUAAUCAGUCACUCUAAGAACACAUGCAACAAAUGAACAUUAAAAUGCAAUUUCUUUAAUUCAA